AUGAAGCCGCGAGUGAAACAGUCCGGAAUUUCAAUAGCAACAGUCUUGAAAAUCCUGUUUGUAUGUCUUGCUUUGGUUUGGAUUGGAACGAGCAUUCUCUUCUUUCGACAACACUUCAAAUCAUCAUCCGACGAUCCAACACAUCAUCAUUCCCCGAUACGGCAAGAACAGCAGCAUUUUGGAAUCAUCCUUGACUUUCCAACGGUAAAUACAGGAAAUGUGACUAUACGAAUCCAAGUAUUUCACAAAGAGUGUCCUGAGGCAUGGAAGUUCGUGCAGUGGAUGACGGGGAAUCAGCGAGUGGAAUGCAUAGCCUGUACCAUUUACCGAGGCGAGCCUGUCCCAUUUUACUGGGGAUCUCCCGAGUAUCCGGACCGUUACUUUAAUGGUGGUAGAUGGGGGCCGCCUUAUGCUCUGGUUCAAGGUGGAUUUGUGAAUCACCGUCUAGUGCAUAUUGAACGAGAGAACCACAAGCCAAAUCCAGUGAAACGAGGCAUGGUGGCGUGGGCUGGAGACAAGGGAAUCCACUUUUUCAUGGCACUUGCGGAUCAUCCCGAAUGGGGAAAUGCGCAUACGGUAUGGGGACAGGUUCAUGAAAAAGACAUGGCUUCAUUGGAUGCUCUAGUCCAGAAAGAACCACUACACAUAUUAGAAAAGAACAACCCCGUGCUUUCCAAUUUCUUGUCGCCCAUGCCCUUUCACAUAAGUCGCCUAACUGAACAGGAAUGGACAGCACACAAUGAAGCAAGAGAGUGA